GGGCACCUCCCGCGCCCGGGGGAAUGCGGGUCCCUCCAGCUCGGAGAGCUUCGGCUGCAGGGACUAGCGUCGGGCACAGGUCUCCAGAGGGUGGUGAGCCAGCGUGGCCCUGAGCCGCCCGCCCUCCUCAUGCCCUUGUGGCCUCGGAGGGAGCCUCGGUCGGUGCAGGGAGAAGUCUCCCGGUGGAGAAGGGAGGGGACUCAUGGGAACUGAGGCAGGAGAUUGGCGCGCACGCCCUGCGCCUCCCACAGCGUUCUCCCUGCUUGGCCUUCUGUGUACAAUCCGGGUCUUCCCCAACGCUGCAGGGGACCCCGGUUUCCACACCAUCGUCAAGUUUUACUGGGCGAGGGACGUGCAGAGAGCUCCAAACGCAUGACCGGAAGCCUCCUCUCCAGGCGUGGCUGGUGAAGGACCCCAGCACUUCUCGGGAGUUGAACCCAGAGCCUGCGGAACUUGGCACUGAGUAUCUGAAUGAUGAACCUUCAAUCCAAAAAGAAGACCCAGCUCACCAUCAGCUUCCUUCUGAGGAACCAUCAGUUCAUCCUGAAAUACGUGGUCCACCUCCAAAUAGAAAUGAAGCUCAGCACUCAAACCUGCCAAAUGUGACAGUGAAUCCUGUGGCUUCAGAGGCAGAUAAGGAGGUACAAGCUACUCUGGGCCAGCAGCAGACCCUAGCCCAGUUUGCAGAGAGUUCUGAGUUGUUGGAACCUUCAUCAACCCAACAAGAGGCCCCAGCUCAGAUUUUAGAGCUUCCUGAAAACCUUGGAAAUUCUGGUAGCCAGCUAAAAGCUCCAGCUCUGCCUACAAAGCUUCCCAAAGAAACCAGUCCUCUAGUUGAGCAAGAAGGUACAGUUCCAGUUCCAGAAUCCUCUAUGCAGAGUAUAGCUAACCACAGUUCAAAACCUCAAUUUCUCCAUUAUACUUCGCCCAUGAUUACAGGUAAGCCUGCAGAUAUGGAACCUAAAAUAACUGCUGAACCUAGAUCAGAGAAUGAGUCAUCUCCAUAUGAGGAGGAGACUCCAACUCAGAUUCCCGGUCCUCCUGUUGAAACUGAACAUUUCAUCAGCCAGCAGCAGCAGCCAACUGAACCUUCUGAGUAUUCUGAGGAGGCUGAAUCUUCUGGAGUUGAUUUGGAGUCUCCAGUUCAGCCUCAAGAGGAAACAGAGGAGUUAGGACCUUUACCAAUGCAGCCGGAAGAUUUAUCUCAACAUCCAGGUCCUCUUCUGGAGGAUGACUCUAAUCUCAGUGAACUAGAGCAGCCAGGUCAACUUUCUGAGUCUCCUGAGGAGGUAGAAUUGGGUUCUGGAAACCAGCCAGAAGCUUCAGUUCAACCUGCAGAGCUCCCUCCAGUUGAACAAGAGGCUCCACUUCAAACUCCAGAGUCCCCUAUUGAGAAUGUGGUUGAAACUCCACCAAUUCACAAAGUCCAGCCAGAUCCAAAUGAAGAGCACCAUUAUUACUUACCACAUGUUACAGUUAGACCCGUGGAUGUGGCACUUACCAUAACUUCAGAACCUACCAAGGAGACGGAAUCUUCUCUGACCCAGCAGGCAUCCCCAGUGCAUCCUUCGGAGUAUACUGAGCAGAUGGAACCCUUUCUCCAUGAGGAGAAGCUUCCAGCUCAGGCUUCAGAGCCUUCUGGAGAGGGUCAAUUUCAAAGCCAGCUGGAGGUACCAGCUCAAGCCUUAGAGUAUGCUGAAGAGUUUAAACCUUCUGCAACUGAGCAGGAACAAGCAGCUCAGUCUCCAGAGCAUCAUGAAGUGACAGAUUUGCCUCCAGAUCACUAUCAAACUCAGCAUUCUAGCCUGUCUUAUGUGACUGGUCAACCUCCAGAUCUGGAGAUUACAGUAACAGAGAAUCCUGUAGCUGCGAUGGGAACUGUGUACCAUGAGGCUACAGCAUCUGAAGAGGUUGAACGGUCAAAACAACAGGGUGUUUUAUAUCAGUCCCCAGAACCUAUUCUGCAUCAUAAACCUCUAAGCCAGCAAGAAGACACAACUGGAAUAUCACAGAUCUCUGAAGAAGGAAAACCCUUUCCAGCACAGCAGGAGACUUCAGAACAGAUGCUAGAGCUGCCCGAUGAAGAACUUCCAGGUUACCAUGAGGUAACAGUUUCAUCCCUGGGUCAUGGUCAAGUUUAUUUUUCAGCAUCACACAAUAUCCCAAUUGAUCAUCAAACCAACCCUAAAGAAGAUCAUCAUUCUCCAGUUAGUCAAGGGGUCCCAACCCAACCUGAAGAAUUUCCUGAGGAACCGUAUCCAAGUCAGCAGGGGAGCUCAACUUGGCCUUCAAUAACAGAUAGGUUUUCUUCAUCUGCAGAUCUAGAGGCAACAUUCAGAACUGAACUUCCAAAGUCAUAUAAAACCACUGUGAAACAUGUGGACCUAGAACUUACCAUAACUCCAGAACCUUCUCUGAAGGAUGGAUCAGUUCCAUUACCACAAGAAGACUUACGUCAGCCUAUAGACUCUACUGAGAAAGGUAAAUUUUCACAGAUUCAGACUAAUGCCCUUUCAAAACGUCCAUAUUUCUCCAAAACUGAAUCUCUAGCCUUCCAGGAGGCCAUAUCUCAGACAACACACCACUUUAAAGAGGUACACCUUUAUUCAACUCAACAGGAAGCCUCAGAACUGCCUCCGAGUCACAGUAUGGGAGUAAGACCUUUUUUACAUCAACAAAUAACCCUGUCUCAUCCCACAGACCUCCAUGAGAAUCCAAAACCAUUUCUAGCGCUGAAGCCCACUGUAGCUCAGACUUUAAAACUCCGUAGAAAAGGAAAAUUUUCUCUAACCCAUAAAGUGAUUCCACAGCGUCCAAAGCCACUGAAAAAUAUUGUAACUCACAUUCCAGCACACAAGAUGACUGUUCCAAGGCCAGAUCAGGAUCAAGUUGAGUAUACACUAUCACCUAAUGGUUUAUUUCAGCCUUUGGACCUAGAAGUUACUGUAACCCCAGGAAUUAGUCCAGAAACUAAACCUUAUAUACUACCAAAAAGAACUGUAAAUCCACAUUUUCAAGUAAAACUUCCACAUCCACAUCAUAGUGAGUCUCAACAUCCAAACCCAACUAAAAACCCAAUUCAACCUUUGGAUCUAGAAGUCGCCGUAAAUCUAAAACCUAAGGAGAAACUUUCUCAAACUAUGCAAGAGACCACAAAUCAAGUGACGGAACUUCCAGAAGAGAGUUUAACUCAAGGUCUAGAAUAUCAUGAGAUGACAAUUCCAAUACCAACUCAGGAUCAAGCUAAGUAUCCGGCAUCACUUACUGUCUCAUUUCAGCCCUUAGACCUAGAACUCCCCCUAACUUCAGAGCCUGCCAGAGAGCCUCAGCAUCCUACAGUCCCACAGGACCCUCCGCAUCCAAACCCUACUGAAGCCAUAGUUCAGUCUUUGGAACUGGAACUCACCAUAACUCAUAAAACUACUGCUGAGGGAGAACAUUCUCAAACUAUUCCAGAGACCACAAGUCUAAUUUCAGAACCACCUAAGGAGGUUGUAGCUCAAGAGCAGGAAUAUCAAGAGGCGACAAUUCCAACAGAAACUGAGCAUCAAGUAGUUCCUUCAUCUCAACCUUUGGAUCUGGAACUCACCAUAACUUCAGAGUCUACCAGAGAGCCUCAGCAUCCUACAGUCCCACAGCACCCUCCGCAUCCAAACCCUACUGAAGCCACAGUUCAGCCUUUGGAACUGGAACUCACCAUAACUCAUAAAACUACUGCUGAGGGAGAACAUUCGCAAACUAUUCCAGAGACCACAAGUCUAAUUACAGAACCACCUAAGGAGGUUGUAUCUCAAGAGCAGGAAUAUCAAGAGGCGACAGUUCCAACAGAAACUGAGCAUCAAGUAGUUCCUUCAUCUCAACCUUUGGAUCUGGAACUCACCAUAACUUCAGAGCCUACCAGAGAGCCUCAGCAUCCUACAGUCCCACAGCACCCUCAGCAUCCAAACCCUACUGAAGCCACAGUUCAGCCUUUGGAACUGGAACUCACCAUAACUCAUAAAACUACUCCUGAGGGAGAACAUUCUCAAACUAUUCCAGAGACCACAAGUCUAAUUAUAGAACCACCUAAGGAGGUUGUAGCUCAAGAGCAGGAAUAUCAAGAGGCGACAAUUCCAACAGAAACUGAGCAUCAAGUAGUUCCUUCAUCUCAACCUUUGGAUCUGGAACUCACCAUAACUUCAGAGUCUACCAGAGAGCCUCAGCAUCCUACAGUCCCACAGCACCCUCCGCAUCCAAACCCAACUGAAGCCACAGUUCAGCCUUUGGAACUGGAACUCACCAUAACUAAUAAAACUACUGCUGAGGGAGAACAUUCUCAAACUAUUCCAGAGACCACAAGUCUAAUUUCAGAACCACCUAAGGAGGUUGUAGCUCAAGAGCAGGAAUAUCAAGAGGCGACAGUUCCAACAGAAACUGAGCAUCAAGUAGUUCCUUCAUCUCAACCUUUGGAUCUGGAACUCACCAUAACUUCAGAGCCCACCAGAGAGCCUCAGCAUCCUACAGUCCCACAGCACCCUCCGCAUCCAAACCCUUCUGAAGCCACAGUUCAGCCUUUGGAACUGGAACUCACCAUAACUCAUAAAACUACUGCUGAGGGAGAACAUUCUCAAACUAUUCCAGAGACCACAAGUCCAGUUACAGAACCACCUCCAGCCCCAGUAUAUCAGGAGAUGAAAGUUCCAACACCAGGUCAGGAUCAAAUUGAGUAUCCAACAACACAUGUUGUAUCAUUUCAGCCUUUGGAUCUGGAACUCACCAUAACUUCAGAGCCUACAAGAGAUGCUAAACAUCCUACAACUCCAAAGCACCCUCUGGUGAUAUAUCCAGAAAGUAUUCACUCUCAACAUCCAAACCCAACUGAAGCCACAGCUGAACCUUUGGAUUUGGAACUUACCAUAGCUCCACAGCUUACUACUGAGGGAGAAUUUUCUCAGAGCAUUCAAGAGACCACAACCCAGAUUACAGAACCACCUAAAGAGGCUGUAUCUCUAACCCCAGUAUAUCAGGAGGUGACUGUUCCAAUACCAACUGAGGAUCAAGCUGUUGUAUCAUUUAGGCCUUUGGAUCUAGAACUCACCGAAAGUUCAGAGCCUACUAGAGAGCCUCACCAUCCUACAACUCCAAGGGAGACUACAGUUCCUCCUCCAGAGUACCCUCUGGUGAUAUAUCCAGAGCCUGUUCACAGUAAGCACACAACUCAGAUACCUGAAGUCACCGUUCAGCAUUUGGAUCUAGAACUUACUGUAACUUAUCAACCUAUUAAUGAGGGAGAGCUUUCACAAAGUAUGCACGAGAGCACAACUCAGAUUACAGCACCACCUAAAGAGGGUGUAGUUCAAGAGGUGACAGUUCCAAUACCAAUUCAGGGUCAAGCUGAGAAUCCAGCACCACCCAGGAUCUCAUCUCAGCCUUCUCAGCCUCCUACAGGAACUCACUUUCGUCCAACUCCACAGGAGACUAGUGUUCAUCGUUCAGAUCACAGUGUGAUCCUGAACCCAGAAGUUUUCGCUCCUCGUACAAGAACUCCAACUAAAACUGUAGUUAACCUUGAUCAUAACUCAUCUACUCUAGAAAACAGUCCUGAAAAUUUGCAGAGGACCACUGCUGAAGUUAGAAAACCACCUAAUGAGUUUGUCGUUCAAACUCGAGGAUAUGAGGAGGGCAUGGUUCAAGGUCUAAUUCAGAGUAAAGCUGAGUAUCUAACAAAACCAUAUCAUCCCUUAGACAUGGAACUCACUGUAACUGCAGAGCCUACUACAGAGGGUCCUCAUCCCACAGCUCUCAGUGAGACUACAGAUCGUCCAGUGCAUUCUCAAGUGACACCUCUAGAACAGGUUCACAUUCAGCCUCCAAACACAACUGAAAUCACGGUUCAUCCUCCAGAUUUGGAAGUUACCAUAACUCAUCAACCUACUACUGAGGGAGGACUCUUUGAACCUGUGCAAAAGACCUCUCAGCCUCCACAGCCGCAUGAGGGGCUUGUUACCAGAGCUCCAGGGUUCCAUGAUAGUAAAGCUGCAAUGCCAAGUUAUCAAACUCAGCAUACAGUGUCACCUGAGGUCCAAGUUUACCAUCUUGAUGUGGAGCAUGCUUUAACUGAACUAUCUAAGAUAGAGAGUGAACCUUUGGAAGCCCCAGGGAAUAUUACUACCCUUCCUCUAAAUAACCCUGAAGAGGUACUCCCACUUGAUGAGAAGAUUCAGGUUCAAAAUUCAAACCUAACUCAAGUCACAGCUCAGUAUUUACACUCAGAAUUUUCAAUAACUCGACAACCUAAUACAAUGGUUAAAGGUUCUGCCCCUAUGAAGGACUCCCCAGCUCACACUUCUGAGAUACCUAUGGAGACCGAGGCUCAAUUUCUAGAACAUUUUGAGACAGCAGCUCUAACUUUAGUUCAUGUUGAAGCUCAGCGUUCAGAUUCAUCAACUAUAGAGACUAAACCUUCUCAAGUCCUAGAGACUGCAGCUGCUUCUACAGAGGCUGCACAGUAUGGAGUCUCAACAACUACAGCUGCUUCUCCAGAAGCUGCACAUUCUACAGUCCCAACAACUACAGCUCCUACUCCAAAGUGCCCUGAAAUUACACUUCCACCUACAGAUCAGUUUUCGAAAAUGGAACUUACCAUAACUCCAUAUUCUGAAAAUUCCACUACAGAAAAAGAUUUAACUAUGGAACAAAAUGCCUACAUGUACAUCAACCUAUGUGAGUUCUGCUUGUGUGAAAAUGAGACACUGCUGUGUGUUCAUCUCAGCCCAGAGCGGAGACUCCACCAAGUGCCUGUGCCAAAGCCCGACUCCUACAACGACACUUUUACUAACUUGAAUUUCCAAGGAAAUGAUAUUUCUUACAUUGACAAAAAUGUAUGGAGAGCAUACCGUUGGGCUGAGAAACUAAACCUCAGUGAAAAUCACCUGACUGAAUUACAUAAGGAUUCAUUUGAAGGCCUGCUAUCCCUCCAGAUUUUGGAUUUAUCCUGCAAUAAAAUACGCUAUAUUGAAAGAGGGACAUUUGAAUCAUUACCUUUUCUGAAGUAUAUGAACCUUGGGUGCAAUUUACUUACUGAACUGAGCUAUGGAACAUUUCAAGCAUGGCAUGGAAUGCAGUUUUUACAGAAGCUAAUUCUCAGCCGUAAUCCUCUCACAAUUGUUGAAGAUCCCUACUUUUUUAAAUUGCCAGCAUUAAAAUAUCUAGACCUGGGGACAACACAAGUACAGCUGACAACGCUUGGGAACAUUCUCAUGAUGACCCUGCAACUGGAACAGCUAAUCUUACCUAGACAUAUGGCCUGCUGCCUCUGCAAAUAUAAAGCUGAUAUUGAGGUUGUCUGCAAGACAGUCAAACUGCAUUGCCAUACUGGAUGUCUGACAAACACCACACAUUGUCUUGAAGACGCAUCUAUAGGGAACCCAGAAGGAGCAUUCAUGAAGGUGUUGCAGACCCGGAAGGAGAAUAACAGCACUGAACUCAUUAUUGAACCAGAGACGGGCUAUUCAGACCAAGAAAAUGCUAAGAACUCCAGCUCCAUGGAAGAAGAGAUCGACUUUAAUGAUGAAAAUGAUCUUAUGAGUGCCCUGAAUUACAUACUGCCAUAUUUCUCUGAGGGAAAUCUGGAAGAUGUCGUAUCAACAAUGUUACCAUACAUUAAACUGCUGUUUUCUCAAGACCAAGAUUCGGAGAGUUCCUUGGGAUCUUUGCAGAAUGAUACACAAAGUCUUCUUCCUACAAAUGAAUCUGAAUCUGGUAACUUCACUAACAAAAAUAAAUUGAAUAAACUUUAUUUUCUAGAAAAGUUAUUAAAUGAAGAAAUUGAUGAGGUUAAAAAGGAAGAGGAAACUAUACUACAUAAGGAGAAGUCUAAUAAUUCAGGUAAAAAAUUUAAGCGAAAAAUAUUUCAAAAGAAAUGGGCACCUGCCCAGGCAGAGGAAAACAGUCUCGCAGAGAUUAAGAAGGCAGAGAAAAGACUCCACAGCCUGAACAGAGUGCUCAAGAGGACAGGAAUACAGAAAAGGCACUUUAAGGGAGUGAGUGACAAGAGCCUGUGGAAUAAGCAGAGUGUCCAGACACCUGUGGAGAGUAUUGCCAAAGACUGGCAGCUCAGGAGCCCACCCACAGCGGAGUUGCAGCAGCUCAGUCUGGUUCAGAAGCCCAGGACGUUAGUGGGAAAUUCCUUCCACCCAGAGCCCUUGCUCCCAAAGGAACAUGGGGAGGCAGUGUCUUCUUCCCCAGAACAGUCGCUGGUGGACAAGACUCCCACUACAAAAUCGCUGCCUGAGUUCAUAGACAGACGAAAAGACUUGUCUUACACCAUUUUCAUUUUAGAAAGUGCAAAUGCCAAUGUGAAAAGAACAAAGGGGUCUAGCCCUAGUUUACUGUCUGAAAAGAGACACAGAAACCUUAGGAAGAAAAACUAUCAUUUCCGGUUGAUUGCAAAGAGUCCAGCAUCCUCUGCGGUGAGGAGCCUGGUAAAUUCCCCUGCAGAAGGGGUCUUUUCAUCUUUAGGAGACCUGAGUUAUGCAGAAAAGCCUUUUGCACAAUUAGAUGCUGCCUUAGAACCUCCUUCCAAAAAACCUCUGGCUGCAUCUGAUAUUGAUAAUAUUGAAGAACACAUCUUUGAAUCAACCACCCCUAUGUCUGAAGAACCUAUAUCCGAAAAUAUAUUCCCUGAAACUACUGCUGUAGAGUCUUUUGGGCCUACAUACAACUUAAUUCCAACAGGUAUCACUGCGCCUGAAGAAACUGCAUCAGAAAAUAUACCCUCUGAGAAUCCUAUUGUAGAGUCUAAUGUGCCUACCUCCGAUUUAAUUCCAACAGACAUCACUAUGCCUGAAGAAGCUGCAUUAGAAAAUAUACCCUCUGAAAAUCCUGCUGUACAGUCUAAUGUGCCUGCAUCUGAUUUAAUUACAACUCUUCAGCAAGCCAGCAAGCCACAGUUAGACUUCAUCUUGGGGCCUGACUCCCAUGAAUUUGCAUACUCGCUGAUGUCACCAGGUGAACGCUUUGAAUCUCAGCUAAACCAGCAGCUGCGGCCCCUCAUCCCCAACAACAACGUGAGAAGGCUUAUUUCUCACGUUAUCAGGACUUUGAAGAUGGACUGCUCUGAUCCCAGUGUGCAACUGUCCUGUGCCAAGCUUAUCUCCAGAACCGGCCUCCUGAUGAAGCUUCUCAGUGAGCAACAAGAAUCCAAAUCGUCCAGGGCCGACUGGGAUACAGACCAGUGGAAAACUGAGAACUACAUCAAUGAGAGCCCAGAAACCAAAGGUGGACAGAAGGGUCUGGAACCAGGUCAGCGCACAAAAGAAGUUCCGGGAUACAGCUACAACAACAAAGUCAUCUUGGCAAUAUCUGUAACUGUAGUAGUGACAGUGUUGAUUAUCAUUUUCUGUCUCGUUGAGGUUUAUUCCCACAGAACAAAAGAGGAAGAUGAAGAAAAGUCCAUAGGGAGUAAGAAAUGCUACAAGGACAGUGAGAGUCAGGAAGGAUUUUUCUGGCUAAGGUGGCCACAGUGGCUCACAGAUUUAUUCAAACGUGACAUACGAAAGAAGAGCAUGACUGAGGGAAUGCAGGUCAAGGAGUCCUCUGCAGAGGAGGAUACUACCAUUCAGGAUGUAUCAUGGGACGUCAAGGAAGAAGUGAUGCCACCGGACCUGAAACUGUCAGUCACUGAAGCAGAAGAGAGUGAAGGAGGUGAUGACGGUGAAGGCACAGAAUGAUCUGCUA